AUGCGGUAUCCUAUUGUCCUUGCUCUCCUUUGGGGGCAGAGGCUCGCCGAGGGCUUGCCCUGGCACCAGGCAGCAGAUCGUCCUGCCUGGCAACAACAGGCUGAUGUGCCGGCAACAUGUCGGAAUCCCGUUUCACCCUUUGACUACUCAGCCAAGGUCAGGCGCGAAUAUGAGCUACCGCUGUGCUGCCCCGACGCAGACGGCGACGAGUCCCUGUCGUCUCAUGAGUCUCAUCCCGUCCUCGGCGCCAUGGACGCGCCGUCUCUGCUAGGCGGCCGAGCCACGGAGGACGACUACACGUGCGGGCCGGACCGGCCUUGCGCCAACAAGGCUUGCUGCCCCAAGGCCACGCUGUCGUGCAACUACGGCGAAGAGGCGUGCGGUACGUCGGGUAUCUCGCCCAACGAGGUGUGCUGGUCCAACUGCGACGCCAAGGCCGAGUGCGGCAAAAACGCCAAAUGCGAGAAAGAGGAUAAUGGUGCCACCGGCGGCUGCCAGUCCAACUGCGACCAGCCCGGCCCCAAGAACAAGGCCAGCUCGCAGUCCCGCGUCAUCGGCUACUACGAGGGCUGGCGCGCCAACAGCGCGUGUCAGGGCAUGGGGCUCAAGGACAUCCCCGUCAGCUCCCUGACCCAUCUGUACUUUUCUUUUGCGUCCAUCACCCCGGACACGUACAGCAUCGCGCCCAUGGACGGCAUCUCCGGGUCCCUGUUCUCCGAAUUCACCGACCUCAAGAAGAAGAACCCCGCCCUGAAGACGGUCAUCGCCAUUGGUGGAUGGACCUUCAACGACCCGGGCCCAACCCAGAAGGUGUUUAGCGAUAUGGUGGGCUCAGCGCGGACUCGCGAGACCUUCAUCGACAACCUGUUCAGCUUCCUACGCGAGUACGCCUUCGAUGGCGUCGACUUUGACUGGGAGUACCCCGGCGCUGAUGACCGCGGCGGCAAUGACAAGGACGGUGCCAACUUUGUCACAUUCCUCAAGGAGCUCGACGCCGCCAACAAGAAGCAGCCCGUCAAGUACGUCGUUUCCUUCACGCUGCCCACCUCAUACUGGUACAUGCGCCACUUCGACCUCAAGGCCGUCGACCACGUCGACUUUGUGAACGUCAUGUCCUACGACCUGCACGGCGUCUGGGACGGCAAGAACCCAAUCGGUCAGAAAAUCUACGGGCACACCAACAUCACCGAGAUGAAGCAGGCCUUUGACCUCUUCUGGCGCAACGACGUCCCCGCCAACAAGCUCAACAUGGGCCUCGGCUUCUAUGGCCGCGCUUUCCAGCUGCAGGACCCCUCGUGCAGCAAGCCGGGGUGCGGCUUCAAGGGCGGCGCUACCAAGGGCGGCUGCAGCGGGGAGUCGGGCAUUCUGAGCUACCGCGAGAUCAUGGCCGUUAUUGAUACCAAAAAGAUCAAGCCCGUACAUGACAAGAAGGCCGGCGUCAAGUACAUCACGUGGAACAACGACCAAUGGGUGUCGUACGACGACGCCGACACCUUCUCCCAGAAAAAGGAGCUGGCCAAGGAUCUGGGGCUGGGCGGCUACCUCAUCUGGGCCAUCGAUCAGGAUGACGAGCAUCUGACGGCACUGCAGGCCGUCAUCUCGCCCAAGAAGCUAGGCGACUUGGGCGCGGCUGGCGACAAGGGCGACUGGCAAUCUUCCAACAAGCACUGCUACAUCACAUCCUGCGGUGGCAACUGCGACACCGGCGACAUCAAAAUCACCGACCAAGAAUGCGGCGACGACAACAAGCCCAGCAAGCUCUGCUGCCCGCUGUCUGGCGCCCCGGACCCCAAGGAGUGCAGAUGGCGCGGCGGAGAGACCACGCGCUGGUGCAACGGCCGCUGCAACGACGACGAGGUCAUGAUGGAGAUGAACAAGUGGGGCGACGGCAAGGAGUGCUGGGACGGCAACAAGGCCUACUGCUGCAAGAGCCCGCUCGCCGAGGAAAACACCUGCUACUGGAGCGGUGUCGGCGACUCCUGUAAUGGCGAUGACUUGCCGCUGACCUUCUCGGGCACCGUCCUGACCAUCUUGGAAGACGUGGCCAAGGUCAUCCUCCGCGUCGUCGGGCGCGCCUAUCCUCUCACCGCCCUGGCAGGAGAAGUACUCCUCGCCGUGCUCGACGAACUCGACCUCGACACGGAUAAGUACUACUGCUGCCCCAAGGAAGACAUCCCUAAAUGGAAGAACUGCGAGUGGUUCGGCAAGCCCGGCAACUGUUUCGACGGCCACUGCCCGGACAUGACAUACGCCCAGCUGACCGACAGCUACUUUGGCGGCGGCGAGACGUGCGGCGGUCAGCUGUCUCGCGUACGCACCUUUUGCUGCGAGGCGUCAGAGGACCCCUUAUUCCUGCCCGUGCCCCUGGGCAAUCUUUUCGAGCACCCCCCGGAUGGUGAUAGUGUCGACACCGACUUCUCCCUCGAAACGGACAAGGACUCAGACUCGCAGCAGACCCCCAACGAGGCGGCCUUCCAGUUCGUUGUGCUCGCCUCGCCCGAGGAGCUGCAGGUCUCCGUCGACAAGCGUGACGGCUCUCACUGGGACAUUUUCUCGGGCUGCGACUCGGCCAUCGGCGAAGACGGCCCCCACACGGUGCAGAUGGUAUGCACAGACUUCUCCGAGGGCAGCAACUGUUACAAGAUCAGUCUCGGCCACGGCGUCCCUGGCACCAUUCUGCAGAUGCCUGCCGGGUGUGGCCCCGGAAAAUACGCCGUUGCAAAAGACAUGGCCCCAACCACUGACCCUAAAAAGACCAUUCUUCCCCGCCACCUCGAGCACCUCUCGGCCGCCCACACCCCCGUCGUCUACGAUUUGACCUUUGACUACGACUUUACGCGCGUGCCCCGCGAUCUUGGCGACACCCAGAUGCGCAUCGACUUCAGCAACCAGGACGACUACUGGAACACGGUCGUCUCGGCGGCCGGAAACACCAAAAAGAAGAUCAAACGCUCCCUCGCCGACACUGGGGGCAACCACGCCCGCUGGCUGGAGGAAGAGUUCCGCGACGACUACCAUUUCGGGGCCCUCUCGCGCCGUGACCUCGAGGAGCGUUGGUUCGGCUCAGGCGUCCUCGACUGGCUUGCCCGCAUUGUCAAGCCGGAAAUCACGCGCGAGUUCACUUACGACUACAAGGACACCCUGACAGCCAAACUCAUUGACGAGACGUGGCAAUGCAACCGCAACGGCAUCGACUACGAGGGUCACAUCCUCGCCCAGGCCCUCCUUAAAGUGAACGUAGCGACCAGCUUCGGGUUCACUUUGAUCGUUACAAAGCUAACCCCGCCCGUCGACACGUCCCAAAGCUACCUGACCUUCUACAACAAGGGCGAGAUCACGGGCGUUCUAACCCUCGAAGCCGUCGCCAAGUUUUCGUAUCACAAGUCAGACGUCAUUGUGAACAUCCCUUUCCCAGGCGCCUCCUUCAAGAUCCCGGUAAUCGCAACCAUCGGCCCGCAGCUGACGGUGGAGGGCAGCAUCGACGCCUCGCUCACCCUGGCGGGCAAGGUGGAAACACGUCUCGAGUUCGCCAACUGGGAGGUCCGCCAGGUCCUUCCCGACAACGGCGACAGCAAGUACACGCCCAAGGAGAUCGGCGACGGCGACCCAGACCUCAAGCGCACCGGCGACAACGAGGACCUGGACGAGCCCAACUUCUACGCCGGCGUCCAGGCCCUCGGCGACGUGACGGCCAAGAUCUCAGCGGCGGCCGAGUUCGGCAUCCGCUUCGACAAGCGCUGGGACGUCGACCCGGCCGCCGCGGCCAUUGUGGCCGAGGCCAGCGUCAUGAUGAAGAUGGGCGUCGGCGUCUCCACCAAGGACACCUGCCCCUUCACAUUUGGGGUCGAUGUCGGCGCACGCCUGUUUGCGCGCGCAACGGCACCAGGCUUCGGGUGGCCGGGGGCCGAGGUGGCCAUCACGCCCGCUUAUAAGAAGUCCAUCAUCGACGGCGGCACGUGUCCGGGCCUGGGACCCCUUCCGACCAAGCGUGACCUGAAUUUCCUCACCAUCGAGGCCAACGACACCCGUGGCCAUAGCCAUGGCCAUAGCCACACCCACAAGAGCCUGAGCCAUGGCCAUGGCCACACCCACAACAGCCGCGGCCUGGCCAAACGAGCGGCCGUCUGGGGUCCAGUACUCAGCGUGCCCGUGGGCAGCUACUUCUGCCCGCCCGAAGCCAAUGACAGCUCCGGCCCGGGCUCCCCCUGCUCCAAGAUCGGGUACGCCUGGGACGAGAGCGACAUCAUCGGGGACGCACUUUUCAGGCGGUCGGAGUCUUUUGAACACGCCCUCGAAAAACGGUCCUCCUCCAAGGCCACCGAAAUCUGCGGCGUGACAACCAAAUUCCAAUACCCGACAGACUCCGAUGCCAAAAAGCUGAACAACCCGAUCUACGGCUUCAAAACCACCGACUGCAAGGACUACGCGUUCGACCUUCUCACGGCCGAUGUUGCCGGUGUCAGCUACGAUGCCGAGCACGUUCUCGAGGCCCAACUCAUCAGUCAAUUCUUCGACACGCUCAAGAAUCUCGGCCCCUUCCCCCACCCCGACCCUACCAAGGCCGCGACGGGCACGACGCUCAAGUUCUGCCCGCUCGUCAAAUUGCUCUGGAACGCUCAGGUUGUAAUCCCAAACCUCGAGACCGCCCAAGGGACCGGCGUCCCUCUCACCGCCUUUAAAAACGUCGCCAGCCAGUUCCCCACCGACAACUGGAAGAAGGAAGAGUACGUCCGCCUCGAAAAGCCCAUCAACGCCCCGCCCAAGGGGAACGCCUGGGCUGGAUUCAGCUCAAAGGGCAAAAAUAUCCAAAUCGUCGAUCUCGAGAAGUGGCUCGGCACCGACCCCAACGCCAACUCCAACAGCCCCUCCGGCCGGAACCCCCCCAAAUACCCCUCCAAGAGCAAAAUCGCCAACAUCGACGGCGCCGAGGAGAUCAUGAAGUCGAUGCGCGCCAUCCUCGGCUCGCGCCUGUACCACAACACCCCCGCCAUCCAGACCAUUCUCAAGAACCAAAAGGAGCGCGUGGGCGAGGUGCUCCGGCGCCUCGACACCGAGGUCCUGCCCAACACUCCCAAGAACCCGGGCUGGACGCCCUGGGCGUCGCAGGACCUGAAGGGCAAGUGGGACACGUUUAUGAGCGGCAAGAUGGCGCUGGCCGCGAGCAAGUCCAACAUGGUGACGACCGACAUCCUGCCGCGCAUGCAGGUCCAGUGGGCAAGCCAGGCUCACCGGGACGCGACCAAGCCCGACAAGGACGAUGAUCAGGCCACGAUAGAUUCAAAAAAGAGGCACCUGAGGCUGAUUGAGACUAUUGAUGCGUUUGCUACUACUUUGGCGGCGGCGCCGGCGUGGGUGAUGGCGUUUUAG